AUGGCUAAUCGCUAUGAUCCAAAUCCAUUCGCUGAGGAAGAAGAAGUCAAUCCCUUCGCUAAUCCAGGGAGUAUCCCUCCAGCAUCGAACUCAAGACUCUCACCUUUGCCUCCAGAGCCUGUUGGUUUUGAUUAUGGUCGAACCGUAGACAUUCCUCUUGACAAUGACAGAUCCGGUACACAGAAUUUGAAGAAGAAAGAAAAAGAACUUCAAGCCAAAGAAGCUGAGCUAAGACGAAGGGAGCAGGACGUUAAGAGGAGAGAAGAUGCUGCUGCACGAGCUGGAAUUAAUAUUGAAGUGAAAAAUUGGCCACCUUUCUUCCCACUUAUCCACCAUGACAUUGCCAACGAGAUCCCGGUUCAUCUCCAAAGGCUACAGUAUGUUGCCUUUGCUACUUAUUUGGGGUUGGUUCUAUGUCUGUUCUGGAAUAUUAUUGCCGUUACGACAGCUUGGAUCAAAGGAGAAGGAGUGACGAUAUGGCUUCUUGCCGUUAUUUACUUCAUAGCGGGUGUCCCAGGAGGCUAUGUGUUAUGGUACCGUCCUCUCUACCGUGCCUUCAGAACUGAUAGUGCUUUGAGCUUUGGAUGGUUUUUCCUGUUCUAUAUGCUCCACAUACUUUUCUCGGUCUUUGCUGCGGUUGCUCCACCUGUUGUCUUCAAAGGAAAAUCUCUUGCGUAAGUUUUUUUUUUGUCAUUGCUUUUGGUAUUUUGAGUGUGGGGAAACCAGUUGAACUCAUCAACUUCAUUAAAUGGAUUUGUCUUCAUGUAACAGUGGGAUCUUACCUGCAAUAGAUGUCUUACGCGGUAAUACAUUGGUCGGGGUAAGCUUUCAUCGCCCUUUGAUGAUCUUGGAGGGGUCUUAAAGAACAAUACUAAGAUAACUGAAGUUUUGAUCUUAUCAUAUGGAUCGUUGACCUUAAGUUGUUCUUUGUUUACAGAUAUUCUACUUCAUUGGGUUUGCGUUUUUCUGCCUUGAAUCAGUAGUCAGCAUUUGGGUUAUUCAGCAAGUGUAUAUGUACUUCCGAGGCAGCGGGAAACAAGAUGAGUUGAGACGGGAAGCAGCGAGAGGAGCCCUGCGAGCUGCUGUGUGAGAGCUUUUUACUGUAACACUUUGUUUGUAUGUAAUUUUCACUGUUUCUUUCGUUUUUAGAUUCUGCUCUUCACGUCUCUCUGCUCUGUAUGCAAAAAAAAGAUCCAGUUAUUCUUGAUACCUUUAAUGUAAUGUAAAUUUGUUUGUUCAAAAGGUUAGAGUUCAGAUUCAUACCAUUUUAGGAAUCAUUCAUGGAUUAUUUAAUC